AUGGAGGUUUCGGCCGAGUGCGCGGGUGGCGGGAGGGUCAGGAAGGAGGCGGACCUCUUUCUCGUCGACGACCUCCUCGACCUGCCCUGCGACGACGAGGAGGAGGCGCAGGAGGCGGUGGCGGUGGGCGAUGGGGAAGAGGACGGGAGUAAGCAGCAGGCUGCUGCGGUGUUGGGCCGGGCUUGUGGCGCCGGCGGGGAGGACGGUGCCGCCGGUAACGCGUCGAACGACUCGUCGGCGGUGACGACUGCGCUCGACAGCUGCAGCAAUUCCCUCUCCGUUUCCGGACUCGCCGACGGGGACUUCUCCGGCGGGCUGUGCGAGCCGUACGACCAACUGGCGGAGCUGGAAUGGCUCUCCAACUACAUGGGCGAGGACAACUUCCCCACGGAGGACCUCAAGAAGCUGCAGCUCAUCACCGGCAUUCCGCCGGCCGGCACCACCACGGCGCCCGCUCCCGCUCCUUCGGUCGCCGCCGCACAGGCACAGGCACAGCCAGCCGGCGGCGUGUUACCACCGGAGGCGCCCGUGCCAGGCAAGGCGCGCAGCAAGCGGUCGCGCAUCGCGCCAUGCAGCUGGGCCUCCCGCCUGCUCGUGCUCCCGCCACCUCCGGCUUCGCCGCCGUCCCCGGCGUCCGCGGCCAUCUCACCGUCCGAGUCCGGCACCGCGGUGCCGGCGUUCCCGGCCAAGAAGCCGUCGAAGCCUGCGAAGAAGAAGGAGGCGCCGCCGACGCCCGUGCCAAACAACGCCGCCGCGGCUGCGGUUGCGGCUGCGUCGGCGGCGGCGGCGGCCUCGGUGGAAGGGAGGCGGUGCCUGCACUGCGAGACCGACAAGACGCCUCAGUGGAGGACGGGGCCGUUGGGCCCCAAGACGCUGUGCAACGCGUGCGGCGUGCGGUACAAGUCGGGCCGCCUCGUGCCGGAGUACCGCCCGGCGGCGAGCCCGACCUUCGUGGUGUCGAAGCACUCCAACUCCCAUCGGAAGGUGCUGGAGCUGCGCCGCCAGAAGGAGGCGCACCCGCACCUGCACCCGCACCACCAGUACCAGCCGCAGCCGCCGCAGGCGGCGCUCGCCCACGUCGGCGGCGCCGGUGGCGGCGGGGCCUUGAUGCACGCGCCGACCCCGUUGAUGUUCGAUGGGCCGGCGGGGCCGCUCAUCGGCGACGACUUCUUGAUCCACAACCACCACAUAGGGCCGGACUUCCGUCAGCUCAUCUAG